ACACGCCAUGUGAUCAUCCAUGAAGAGUGCUGCUGCAAUCAGAAUGGAACAAAACUCCAGUCAUCCCAGAAUCAUUAUAGAGCAGGCCGUGCCUUUAAAUUUAAAGUACAAGCACAUAAAUUCGUUCAAGUUUGACAACUAGUUUUAUACGGUUCCGAUUUGUGACAUUCCCAACUGGACAUCUUUUAGCAUACCAGCUAAUUAUACAAACCAAUCUAUAUACAUUUAGCCACAUAUCUAUAUAAGUUCGAGAAUCUUCGCCAGAACGAGUUCCGGUUGGAGUUGGCUAGUUGCCAAUUGCCAGUUGCAGAAACAGUAACGAAAACAGAAAGCCAACAUGACGAACUACAUGAAGAUUGUCGAGGAGCGAAUCUCCGGCCUCUCAAAAGGAGUGGAUGAGACGGUGGACAGCUGGUUCCUGAUGAGCUCACCUAUGCCCGUGGUGGCCGUGGUCCUCGUCUAUCUGGCGUUCGUUCUGAAGAUCGGACCCGAGUACAUGAAGAACCGCAAGCCCAUGGACCUCAAGCGCAUCAUGGUGUUCUAUAAUGCCUUUCAGGUCUUGUACUCCAUUUGGAUGUGCCGCACGUCCAUCCAAGAGAGCAAUGUGAUGUCGUCGAUCUUCUCAAAGAAGUGCGAGAUCAACCGCACCAGGGAGCAGAAUCUGACCCUCUACUCCGGCGCCUGGUUCUACUUCUUCUCGAAGAUCAUUGAUCUGCUGGACACGACGUUCUUUGUGCUACGCAAGAAGGACAACCAGGUGUCCUUCCUCCACGUGUACCACCACACCAUCACGGUGCUCUUCUCCUGGGGCUACCUGAAGUACGCUCCUGGCGAGCAGGGCGUGAUCAUUGGCAUCCUCAACUCGGGCGUGCACAUCAUCAUGUACUUCUACUACAUGGUGGCCGCGAUGGGACCCCAGUACCAGAAGUACCUGUGGUGGAAGAAGUACAUGACCAGCAUCCAGCUGAUCCAGUUCGUCCUCAUCCUCGGCUACAUGCUGACCGUGGGCGCCAAGGGCUGCAACAUGCCCAAGACACUGACCUUCUUCUUCGUGGGCAACACGGUCAUCUUCCUUUACCUGUUCGGCAACUUCUACCGCAAGACCUACAAGAAGGCCAAGUCCGUGGACGGAGGCAGUCGCACCACCGGCAGCAGCUUGGCCCAAUCCGCUCUGCGUGCCGCCGGCGGAAUGGGUUGCAUGCCGCAGACCAUGAACGCCGGUAAGCAUCUGCUCCAGAAUGGCCAGGCCGGCAAGGCGUACCUCGAUCUGAACAACAACAGCGUGAAGCCCAUGAAGCUGGAAUGAUCGGCGAUGGCGCAUGGUGUCGAUGGGUUUUCAGUUAGCAAUUACGUUUUUAGAGCGGGGCUUAGUUCGUAACUCUUACCUUUACCAUUACCAUUACCUUUUACCUUUACCUUUACCAACUAUCAGUAGUCUGUAGUCUGCGGAGAAUAACUUGUAUAAUGUUUAUAUGCCGGGCAGGCGGACGAUGAUUCAAAUCCAAAAAGUAGCUAGGACCCUAAGUGCGUGAAUGUGGCCAUGUUUGUGUGACUGAGUACGUGUUAAUGUUUUUCUAGCUGAGCGUGUGUGAGAGCUAGUGUGAUAGAGCUUAUUAAUGAAAUGCAGCCGUAAAUCGUUUCGCGAAACAAGACAAAUUCAAUAAAACUUUAAUUUUGUAUAUUUAAUAAAACC